AUGGGUUUUAAGGAACGGAGCAGACGCAAGGAUCGAAGCCCCUGGACUCGUAUCGCUAAGACGGUCGAUCAGCCACAGCAACAGCAACAGCGCGGUCGCAGCAGCAGACGAAGCACAAGACGAGGCAGCAAGCGAGAUGCCAGACAGCAGCAGCAAAAGGACAGGCACUCACUCGCUCGCCGGGACAGAGUCGAAAGCAGGGAUAUGCGAGAUGACGGCGGCCACAGCCACAAGCCGCAGGGGGAGGCGACGGCGGCCAAGAGGAAGACGCUGCUUCUCCUGCCGGCGCAGAGUCGAGACGGGCAGCUGAGGAUGUUUCUCUUCUCCUUAUUCUCUUCUCUGCGACUUUUUCUUCUUCUUCUUCUUCUUUUCUUCUCUUUCUGCUGUCUUUUUUCUGCGGCGACGAAGAGAUUUUUGGACGUUUUUGAAGUCGAAGAAAAAGAAAGGAAAAUAAAAGAAAAAAAGGAAAAAAAGCCAAAAGGAGCCGAGGAUCAUUCAGACUCUCUCGCUGUGACUGUCGGUGGAAGUUGA